AUGAAUGAUGGACCGAGGCGUUUCAUAAUCGAUUUGAAGAAGAAAACUUGCAGCUGCAGGAUGUUCCAACUGGACGAGAUACCGUGUUCUCAUGCAUGGGCAGUAUUGAAGAAUAAAAAUUUGACUGCUGAUGCAUAUUGUUCGGAAUUAUUCAAGCCAAAAACAGUUGUGAACACAUAUGAUGUGCCGGUUGAUCCUCUUCCCGAUGAGACCGAGUGGAAUGUUCCUAAAAGUGUAUCAGAUGAAGUUGUUAUGCCACCGAUCUAUAAGAGACCCCCUGGGAGGCCAAAAAAGAAGAGGGACAAGCCAUUACAGGAGUUGAUGAUUGGUAAACGCAGGAAUGCUUGCGGUAAAUGUGGACGUCUUGGUCAUAACAGGCGUUCGUGUGAUAAUCCGCCCCUCAAUAAGAAGAAUAAAUAA